AUUUUUCUUCACCUGCAUUACGCGUGAGACAGCAUAGCGUGAGGUGGAAGGAUCAAUCUCCGUUUACUUAUAGAUCCAGGUUCGAAUCUCAGCAGCUGAAAAAGAACUAUAAACUCUAGUGGGGAAAUGCGAGCAGAGGAGGAGGAGCGGCGUACAUAUGGGAGGAGCUCUUGUGGAUAGCUUCCGACGGUGGUGCCAUCGUCGCUGGAACCCCUCCACCUCUGCGCCAGCUGAACUAGAUAAACAAACAAGUACUAAUAGUGAAAAUAACAGCUAUUCUUCGUCUGAAGCAGCGGGAAUAAGUGGAUUAAAGCCUGUGCGGGUGCAGUUCAGGAGCGCAAUGGCCGCACCUGACCGCCAUAGAAAAAACUUGCUGGAUACAGAUUUUUUCACAGAAUAUGGUGAAGCCAAUAGGUACCAGAUACAAGAGGUUGUAGGGAAAGGAAGUUAUGGCAUAGUAGGUUCUGCAAUUGAUACUCAUACAGGCGAGAGAGUGGCAAUUAAGAAGAUUAAUGAUGUAUUUGAACAUGUCUCUGAUGCGACUCGCAUUCUGAGAGAAAUCAAGCUCCUUAGGCUGCUUCGUCAUCCGGACAUAGUUGAGAUUAAGCACAUUAUGCUUCCUCCAUCGCGAAGAGAAUUCAAAGAUAUAUAUGUUGUGUUUGAGUUGAUGGAAUCUGAUCUGCAUCAAGUUAUCAAAGCAAAUGAUGAUCUCACUCCUCAGCACUAUCAGUUUUUCCUGUAUCAGCUUCUUAGAGCUUUGAAGUACAUACACACAGCAAAUGUAUUUCAUCGUGAUUUGAAGCCAAAAAAUAUCCUGGCAAAUGCGGAUUGUAAACUGAAAAUAUGCGACUUUGGGCUUGCACGUGUCUCAUUCAAUGAUGCUCCUUCAGCAAUUUUUUGGACGGAUUAUGUGGCAACGAGGUGGUAUCGAGCCCCUGAACUUUGUGGGUCUUUCUUCUCCAAGUAUACUCCAGCCAUUGAUAUCUGGAGCAUAGGAUGCAUCUUUGCUGAAAUGCUGACUGGAAAGCCUUUGUUUCCUGGGAAGAAUGUGGUGCAUCAGCUGGAUCUCAUGACCGAUUUGCUUGGUACUCCUUCAACAGAAUCAAUUUCCAGGAUUCGCAAUGAGAAGGCUAGAAGGUACUUAAGUAGUAUGCGGAAAAAGCAGCCAGUCCCCUUAACACAGAAGUUUCCGAAUGCAGACCCCUUGGCUCUUUGCCUUCUUGAGCGGUUGCUUGCCUUUGAUCCAAAAGACCGACCUACAGCUGAGGAGGCACUGGCUGAUCCGUAUUUUAAAGGUCUGGCAAAAGUUGAGCGCGAACCUUCUACUCUGCCCAUCUCAAAGAUGGAAUUUGAGUUUGAAAGGAGGAGACUAACAAAGGAUGAUGUAAGAGAGCUUAUCUAUCGAGAGAUUUUGGAGUAUCAUCCUCAGAUGCUAAAGGAGUAUCUGUGUGGUGCCAACAAUGCAAACUUUAUGUAUCCAAGUGCUGUAGACAUGUUCAAGAGACAAUUUGCUCAUCUUGAGGAACACUAUGGUAAAGGAGAAAACAGUACACCCCUUGGGAGGCAACAUGCUUCAUUGCCAAGAGAGCGAGUUUUUAGAGAGGACAUUUCAAAGCAGGAGUCCGAAAAGCAGGACAAAGGGAAUGCAGCUGUAACAAAGGCUUCGCUACACAGUCCACCAAGAGUUCAAGAUUCAUUCGAAGUGAUUGGUUCGGGGGUUUCACUGACAAGUGUUGCAAGUGAAGCCAUUGCAAAUACACGUAGCCUAGUAAAGAGUGCUAGCAUCAGUGCUUCACAAUGCAGUCCUGCAGUUAAUGCAUCUCAAAAAAGGAACUCAACAAUGAAUCCUGAAGAGAAUGAGCAGAAUGAGGACUUGAGUCACGAGUUGAAUACAGUCAGAUUGAAAACAGAUUCUAUGGUUGCUGGCUUGACGAGGAAGGUUGCAGCAAUGCCAAGUGGGGCGGCUCGUUCAUAAAAAAAUCAUUACAUAUUUAAGUCGUUUGUGGCAGUUGUUUCUAACUUGAUUGUAAUUUGGCUACAACAUGCUCUCAAUGAGUUGUUGGGGAUAACAAAGAUUCUCUUUGAAUUUCCUAGGCACAGCACAGAUGUAAUGGUUGCUGGCUGGGAAAAUGAUGGUUACAGCCAUGUCAAGUGGGCUGGCCUAUUCUCAUAGUAAUCAUCAUUUAAUCUUAUUUAGUGCUAGUUGCUAAUCUAUUUAUCGGGAUAUUGUUAUUAUUA